AAACAAGUCAGAAUCUUUUCAUUGCGGACAAUAAAACUCCAAACUUCCGCCGCCGGCCACUUUCCCCACCGCCUCACGCCGGCAGUCUCGAAGUUCAAGCCAUCUCGCCUCAAAUCAUGUCAGCGAAAUGGCGUGCCAUACAGCACCGCCACAAAUACACUUACAGCGCGGUGCUGUUCCCGCCACACUUCACUGAGGCAUUGAAUCAAACACCUGAUCGGUCCGCCUUCUUCUCCGAACUCAACCACCUAAUUUCACUCAACUCCACCUAUGCCCAGCUCGAACACGUCAAGAAAGUCGCUGCAGCGUUUUCCACUCUGCUCUCCGUCCCAAACGCCGACGAAAACGCAGUUUCCUCUGCGGUGAAGUUGUACUUGGAGAUUCUCUUCCUGGAGAACUCGUUGCCGUUGCAUAGGACAUUAGCUUCUGCUCUUGCCAAGUGCAAGUACCACCGGAAUUUGAUCGAGGAUUGCUUCCGGCUGCUCUGCGAAGAGUAUGGCGGUGGGAGAAAUGCUAGCAACGGUUCGAGAUUCUGUGUUUCAAGAGCAGCGCUGUCGAUGAUGGGCACGCCCAAAUUGGGGUAUGUGGUUGAAGUGGUGGAGCAAUGCGCCAUUUUGGUGGCUUUGGAUGUGAUUUCUGGAUUGCAGAGCAUUGUUAAAGAAACGGAUGAGCUAUCUCGGCCUUCUCCGAUUGUAAUGGAGCAAUGCCAGGAGGCACUCUCGUGUAUGUACUACCUGCUUCAGCGCUUUCCCGAAAAGUUCUAUGACAGUUUGAGUGAUCAGAGUGUGAUGGAGAUGGCUUUUUCGAGUGUUUUGAGCAUAUUGAAGUCGGCAGCGUUUUCUAGGGACUGCUUUGUGGCAGCUGGAGUGUGUUUCUGUGCAGCCUUGCAGGUGUGCGUGAGUCCAGAUGAUCUUGGUGUUUUUGUUAUGCAUGGUAUAUUUAGUCAGCCUGGUGUUCGAAAUCUUGAUAUCAGCCUUGAUGCUGUGGUAGAGAAAAUACCAUUUAAGGGUAAUUUGGUUAAUGAGAUACUUGGUUUUUCAACUCUUAGUAGACUUUGCUUGAUAAGAGGAGUACUGACCGCAGUUUCAAGAACAGUUCUUGACACACGUUACAUUAUGGCAAGUGAGGGCUGUGUAGAAUCUGGUGCCGGGGCUUCCACGGUCAAGACAAUACUUUAUGAUGCUAUUUUGCCUGAAUUAUGUUUCUGUGCUGAAAAUCCUAGAGAUGGUCAUUCUAAUUUUCAUACAUUAACUGUGAUGCAAAUAUGUCUGCAGCAGAUAAAAACAUUACUAUUAGGUGAUAGUAUUGGAAAUGCGGAUAAUUAUGAUCCAAUACCUGAGGAGAUGGGUGCAAGGAUAUUAAAGAUAGUGUGGAAUAAUUUGGAAGACCCUCUAAGUCAAACUGUAAAACAAGUUCAUCUUAUUUUUGAUCUCUACUUAGACAUCCAAUCAUGCCUUCAUUGGGCGGAUGGUAGUGAGAAUAUUAAGAUGUUCUUGAGGAAGAUUGCAUCUGAUCUUCUCUGUCUAGGGCCACGUUGCAAGGGAAGAUAUGUUCCUUUAGCCUCCUUGACCAGGAGGUUGGGUGGUAAAGCUAUUCUAGAAAUGAAUCCGGAUUUGCUGUUCGAAACUGCAAAUGCUUACAUUGAUGAUGAUGUUUGUUGUGCUUCCACAACAUUUCUCAAGUGUUUGCUUGAGUGUUUAAGAGAUGAAUAUUGGAGCAGUGAUGGUAUUGAAAAUGGGUAUACAAAAUAUAGACGUCUCUGCUUGUUGCCAUUUUUACAAGGGCUUGCUUUUGGAGUCGCCAAGCUGCGCUCCAACUUGAAUACUUAUGCGUUGCCAGCUCUACUUGACCUUGAUUUGGACAGCAUAUUCUCUAUGCUCACAUUAAUAGGGAUUGAAGGGGAUGCUAGCUCCUUAGGGCUUAGCGGAGAUGACGGCUUCUUAUCUGCCUCCGCAGAUGUCAGUUCCACAGAUAUAACUUUAGGACUUGAACAGCGAAUUGCAGUUUUGGUAUCAUUACUCAAGGUAUCUCGUGGACUUGCACUUAUGGAAGGAGACAUUGAUUGGUAUGACUAUUCAGUACUAUCCCAUGAAGGUGCACUACUUGAUAUGGAGAAUAGUAAUUUACACUGUGUUGUUUUAGUGAAGGGCAUAGAUGUUAAAAUCCCAGUCAAAUGGCUCGUAUUAGCUUUGACUCAUAUAGAUGAGUCACUUCGCAUGGAUGCAGCAGAAACUCUAUUCUUAAACCCAAAGACGGCCAGUCUGCCUUCACCUUUGGAACUUAGCCUGAUGAGAAGAGCUAUACCUCUGAACAUGAGAUGUUGCUCUACUGCUUUUCAAAUGAAGUGGAACAGCUUGUUCAGAAAGUUCUUUUCUCGUGUCCGAACAGCAUUGGAGAGACAGAUUAAGCUUGGUGCAUGGACACCUCUUCCUUCUUGGAGUCCAAAAGGAGAGGGUUUAUUUAUAGGAGCUGAGGAAACCCGAAUACACAGGGCGGAUUAUCUUUUUUAUUUUAUAAAGUGGUUUAGUCGUUUUUUAUUCUUUUCCUGCUAUCCUUCUGCUCCAUAUGAGAGAAAGACAAUGGCUAUGGAGCUCAUACUGAUAAUGUCGAAUGUUUGGCCUGUUGUUCCAACUUUGCAUGGAAAUGGGGAUGGAUUUUGUUUAACAAACAAUCUGUAUCCGUACAGUAAAGGUUAUACAUCACCUGAUUCAACCUUGCUGCUUGUUGGGUCGAUUGUUGAUAGUUGGGAUAGAUUGAGAGAGUGUUCACUUCAAAUUUUACUUUAUUUUCCUACUCCACUUCCUGGCAUUUGUAGUCCCGAAUCUGUCCGCCAGGCAGUUAUAUGGGCCAAAAAGCUGAUCUGCAGUCCACGUGUACGUGAAAGUGAUGCUGGAGCUCUGACUCUACGGCUUCUUUUCAGGAAGUACGUGUUAGAUCUAAGCUGGAUUGUCCAGCCAUCGUCUAAUGUUGUCUCAUUAUGUUCUGAGGCUGAACAGUCACAUGGGGCAUAUCAAAUUUGCACACCCAGCUCUCCUGUUGUAAGUUAUAUGACAUCACUUAUUGAUUGGUUGCUUGCUGCUGUGGAGGAUGCUGAGAAAAAUCUUUCAGAAGCAUGCAAGAAUAGUUUUGUUCAUGGUAUAUUACUCGCCCUUCGCUACACAUUUGAGGAACUGGAUUGGAAUUCCAAUGUAUUUCAGAAUAGGAAUGCUGAAAUGAAGCAUUUAUUCGAAAGACUCUUGGAGUUGGUCAUGAGAAUAACUACCUUGGCCCUUUGGGUAGUCUCUGCUGAUGCUUGGCACUUACCUGAGGACAUGGAAGAAAUGAUGGAUGACGAGGCAUUGACUCUGGAGAUUCCUAAUGAGAUUGAUUCAUCUGCCUCAGAUUCUCAGAUUGAGGUAAACGUUGAAAAAAUGGCAGAGGAGGAGGAGAUUAAGCCCUCUGAACAGAUUGUUAUGGUUGGUUGCUGGCUUGCAAUGAAAGAGGUGAGCCUUCUCCUCGGCACGGUAAUUAGAAAAAUUCCCUUACCCACUUCAGAUGAAAUGAGGAAAUCAAUCUCUGCUGCUGAUGAGUCCACUCUGCCAUCUGAUGCACUGCUUGAUAUACAACAACUAGAGACAAUUGGCAACCAUUUCUUGGAAGUCCUCCUCAAAAUGAAACAUAAUGGUGCCAUUGAUAAGACAAGGGCUGGGUUCACAGCUCUUUGUAACCGCUUGCUUUGCUCUAAUGACCCUAGGCUAUGUCAAUUGACAGAGUCUUGGAUGGAGCGAUUGAUGGAAAGAACUGCGGCUAAGGGACAAACAGUGGACGACCUCUUAAGAAGAAGUGCGGGUAUACCUGCAGCAUUCAUUGCCUUUUUUCUCUCGGAGCCUGAGGGAGCACCAAAAAAACUACUACCAAGGGCACUACGGUGGCUAUUAGAUGUAGUUACGAACUCUUUAGCCGAUCAACUAAAAGCAAGCAGCAUUGAUGGUGUCUCUUGCAAUGGGUCCUUGUCCAAGUCUAGCCAGGCAAAUGGCAGCCCUCCAGCUUCUGUUACAAAUGGCUAUGUAGAAAUGUCAAAGUUUCGGGAUGAGGGUGUUGUUCCCACUGUGCAUGCUUUCAAUGUUCUUAGGGCAACUUUCAAUGACACGAACCUGGCCACUGAUACAUCAGGUUUUUCUGCGGAGGCGUUGAUAAUCUCAAUACGUUCCUUUUCUUCUCCAUAUUGGGAGGUUCGCAACAGUGCUUGUCUUUCAUAUACUGCUUUGGUACGUCGGAUGAUUGGAUUUCUAAAUGUACAAAAAAGAGAUUCUGCGAGGCGAGCUAUAACUGGGCUUGAGUUUUUUCACAGGUACCCUACAUUGCAUUCGUUCUUUCUCAAUGAACUGAAUGUAGCUACCGAAUCACUUUCAGAAGGCUCUUCAGAUGAGUUGGGAUCCAACUUGAAAAAUAAUGUACACCCAAGCUUAUGUCCAAUGCUGAUAUUUUUGUCUCGGCUCAAACCUUCUCCGAUUUCGAGUGAAACAGGAGAUAGUUUGGAACCUUUUCUUUUCAUGCCAUUCAUCAGGAGGUGUUCUUUCCAAAGCAACCUCCGAAUUCGUGUACUUGCAGCUAGAGCUUUAACAGGUCUAGUAUCCAACGAGAAACUGCAAAUUGUGUUGCUUAAUAUUGCUUCGGAGCUGCCUCAUGAGAGAAGCAACUGUUCAUCCAGUAAUGAGACAUCCUGUUCUUUCAAUUCGAUUCACGGAAUGUUACUGCAGCUGAAUGCUCUGAUUGAUACCAAUUGUAGAAACUUAUCUGAUCCCUCUAAAAGGGAUACUGUUCUGCAUGAAUUGAUUCAAAUCUUAGCAACACGAUCAUGGAUUGCAAGACCAAGACAGUGUCCCUCCCCUGUUCUUAACGGCUGCAUGGUAAAGCUACUCGACAAUAUGCUCAGUAUUGCAGGAACCUGUGAAGCGAGCAAAAGUGCUGAUACUAUUUGGAACCUCGUCUGGGAGUUAUCUUCAGAAUGUUUAGAUUUAGAACCUGCUGGUUGCCCGUUGUACUUUGAUCCAACUAUUCAAGAACUCCGCAAGCAAGCUGCAACGUCCUACUUCAAUUGUAUUUUUGCUACAUCUAAAGAUAUUGCUGAAGAUGAAAUUGUGGUCGGAAGGGCUUCCUCCACACCUGUUACUAGUUUGAUGAGAGCAGUUGGAAACGAGGCUGUCUAUAGCAGAUUUCAAGAAAGGCUCAUUCGCUCCAUGUCGGAUGCAUCAUAUGAAGUGCGAAUUUCCUCGUUGAAGUGGCUUUACUUGUUCCUGAAGAGAGGGAAAUAUACAGGUAAUACUUGUGGGGAUCAGUUCUACUGCGAGACUCUGAAAAUGUGCCUGACUAAUAUCAAUCUUCAAGAUACGCUUGUGAAGCUUCUUAUUUCAGAGAGACAUCAUAGAUGCGUGCAUUAUCUUCUUAAAAAUCUUUACACCUGGAACUCACUUAAAUUUGAAGACAACCACCCCAGCCCGGAACCAAGAUCCAUUUGUGAUAUGGACCGCUCUUCAGUAUUCAAGUUGUGGAACAAUUUAGUUUCCCUGUUCAAGAUUACAAGGCAUGCGAAGACUCGACAAGCACUCAUCUGCUGCUUGGGAGUGUGUGCAAAGAGAAUUUCCACCUUAUGUAUGAACUUCAUCUCCUCUGAAGUAGAGAUGGAGACUGAUCCAAGCAGAGUAUUUUCUGAUUUCUAUGAUGCAUUGCGUUAUUUUGUGGAUCUGAUUGAGCAAAACAGUGAUGCUUCAGAGCCCGUUACCAUGAGAAAGGCGGCUGCAGAGUCAAUGAUAGCUUCUGAAAUACUGAGUCAUGCUGCGCCCCUCGGAUCUUUGAUCUACAACCAUCCAAUCUCUAACGGGGACAUCUCUUCUCGUUUCAAACAGGAAGAGGCCAUCAAAAUGUACAGUCGCAGAGUCCUCAAUCUAUGGCUGGCGUGCAUAAGGCUUCUGGAGGAUGAAGACGUCGGCCUCAGAAAAAAACUUGCUUUGGAUGUGCAGAAGUCUUUCCUCUCUGGAGAGCCAACUGAAGACUUCGAACCUGCUGCAGGCACGAGCCAAGUAGAGAAAGUGAUCGAAUCGUGCUUCGAGCAUCUCUCAACAGUCUUUGGCCACUGGAUCGAUUAUAUGGACUAUCUAUGCUGCUGGGUUAUGAACAUCGCAAACCACACUAACUAUGUCUCAUCGGGUGGAGACCUUGUGAGGCAGGUCUUUGACAAGGAGAUCGACAACCAUCACGAAGAGAAGCUCCUAAUCUGCCAGCUAUGCUGCUCGCAUCUGGAAAGGAUUCCAGUCGCAAAGAUGAGCGAGGCGAGGGAUCUUCUGCAGAAAUGGAGGAGCAGAUUCUUCGAACAGAUGAUGGCGUUCAUACAUGAUCACGUCGAGAGAAGGCAGCGUGAUGAUUGGAUCGGAGGAGUUGGCAAUCACAAAGACACAUUUCUACCACUUUAUGCUAAUCUGUCAGCAUUUUAUGCUCUGUCACACUGCCUCUUGGAAGAAGAAGAUGAAAGCAGUCGCCAACGUAUGCUCGGGGACGUUUCUGCACUCGGAGAGGCGAUGACGCCUUUCCUGUGCAACCCUUUGAUAUCGAACCUUUAUCUGGCAGUUGUCAAGUCCCAUGAGAAGGAUUUGGGGGAAAAAACAGAAAACUUGAACCAGAAAUGGAGAGAGAAUAAUAUCCUCUGGGGUGAAUUCAAUCCUUAUUUUUUAUUAUGAUAGGGGAAAACAUUAUAUUUUUGUAACAUCUUCUAAUGACUGUUUUUCUUUUUGCCUUAAUCAAUACAAGGUUUGAUAA